GGAGCCGGCGGGGAGCGCGCUCGCCCGGGAUCCGGAGCUUCAGGUUCAUGACACAAAAUGACCUUCACAGUGAAGAUUCUCAUCCUUAAACAAGAAGACCAUACCGGAGGUUGUGAUGAACAUGCCACUGAAUCAGAUCUCUGUCAUUCCAGCUCGAGAUGCUACCUCUAUCAGGGUCUCCAGGAGUAAGACCAAAGAAAAAGAUAGGGAAGAGCAGAAUGAGAAGACUUUGAGGCAUUCCAUGAGUUGUUCAAGUCACAUUUCUAAGGCUGGAAGUCCAACAUCUGUAUCAGCUCCCCAUGGCUUCUCUCGUACUUCUGUUACCCCAUCUAACCAAGACAUCUGCAGUUCCAGUGCAGUGUUUUCUGAAUGUUGUCAUCACAGUCCCGUGCAGUCAGCUGUUGUCUUGAAAUCUGCUCUCUGCCAGAGUUCUCUGACACAAGGGGUCACUGUGACAGUGAUCUGUAAAGACACAUUACAGGACUCAAAGAAAAACUCCUAUGGCUCAGAAUGGAUCCAGGCCUUAAAGCCUCCUAAGAAUACCAAAGCCAGAAGAACUCUGAAGUUCUCCAAGUCCCUCAAUGAUGUGGUUGAGAAGGCCCAGAAUACUAUGGAGAACUUUGACUGUGUAGAAAGAACUUACUCUGAAGGAAAAUUAGCACCACCUCAAGACCAGUGCCUCAAGAUGAACAAAUUUCACCAUAAGGAAAAACAGAUUCUCAAUCUGAAGCCUCUUAUGUUUGGCAAUUAUAAACACUCACAUGUUCCAUCAUUUUCUGCCAAUCAUUCAAGCACCUUUGGAAUAGGAGCCACCCAAGGGAGUUUCAACAUCUCAUCCCUUGAAGAGAAAGCAGAUAAUGAGGCAGCCUUGAAAAGCAAGCGAUUACUCUGUUACCUCUUUUCCUUCUCUCACAGUUCAAGCACCAGCAGUUUGCACAAGUUCCAUGAGCUGGAAAGCUACUCAGCUAGCUUGCCAGCAGCUAAGUCUUCCAGUGUGUUGGUGGGGAGCACAGGCUUCUGCUCUGAUGAUAUGGGGGAUGAUGAUGUCUUUGAGGACAGUGUAUCCUCCAAACUGAAAAACAAGGAGAUACGGGCACCACUCUGUUCCACUGAGAAAGAUAGUGACCUGGAUUGCCCUUCUCCCCUCUCUGAAAAGUUUACCCCCUUAUCCCCUGUGUCAACAUCAGGAGACACCUGCAGGAUAUGUCACUGUGAAGGAGAUGAUGAGAAUCCUCUUAUUACACCCUGUCACUGCACAGGAAGUCUUCAUUUUGUCCACCAAGCCUGCCUGCAGCAGUGGAUCAAAAGUUCGGACACGCGAUGCUGUGAACUCUGUAAAUAUGAGUUCAUAAUGGAGACCAAACUAAAGCCUUUGAGAAAAUGGGAAAAAUUGCAGAUGACAUCCAGUGAAAGAAGGAAGAUCAUGUGCUCUGUAACAUUCCAUGUCAUUGCAAUCACUUGUGUGGUAUGGUCCUUGUAUGUUCUCAUAGACCGGACUGCUGAGGAGAUUAAGCAAGGACAGACAACUGGGAUCCUAGAAUGGCCUUUUUGGACUAAACUGGUGGUCGUGGCCAUAGGAUUCACUGGUGGACUUCUUUUUAUGUACGUACAGUGUAAAGUAUACGUGCAAUUAUGGAAGAGACUUAAAGCUUAUAACAGAGUGAUCUAUGUCCAGAACUGUCCAGAAACAAGUAAAAAGAAUGUUUAUGAAAAACCUGCACUAACAGAGCCAAAUUUUGAAAGUAAAGAUGGGCGACAUGGGAUCUGUCAUUCUGACACAAACUCUUCCCGUUACACAGAGCCUGAAGACCAUGGAGCAGAAAUUCUUCACGUCUGAUAAAGGGAGAAGGGGCUGUUAUUUUUUUUUCCCAGACAUUCAUGAAGAGCUGAGAUGACACUGUUUACUAAAAGCUGCAUACCUUAAAAAAAAAUAAAGAAAAAGAAAAAAUCAGCCAACAGCUUAGACUGGGCAGUUGAAUUUUUUCUAUUCUGUUCUGUUUUUCUAAAUCAUCUUCGACAUAUCUUUUAAUAUGUUAUCAUGGUGGCAUACCUUUUAUGUUGAGUAUCUUAUAGGUAUGCUUUAUGAGGAGGAAUGGUAAAAUGUAGGUGACUGAUACUACUGAUAGGGAGCAACUUUGCUGCCUGAUUCCUGUUCAGCCAAGUUGUAAAACCUGAAAGAUGAAUAAAAAGAAGGCAAAAUACAGAAGACUUAUGUGUGACCACACCAUGGAGCCUGCAUUGGAUUUUCCAAAGAGUGCUUUAUUUCACUUUAACAUCAGAUACCCCUAAAAACACUGGGAAAAAGCCAACUCUCAUUAAUGUCACCAUUAUUCAAGAAGAGUCUGAGAGAGAUGCACUGGAAGACCUUAAAUCAGGACUUGAAGCCUCUGAUAAUAUCUGCCAUUAACAUCUCUCUUGGGUAGUCAGGUUAAGAUCAUGCUUUACAUUUAAAGAUAAGUGACUCACAAAGCAAACAGCACUUUUAAAAAUCUUUAUUUUGUAAUAUGUGUGUCCAGUUGGAUUGAAACUUGAAAGAAUGUCUCAUUUCAGAAUAUUCCUUUCAAUAUACUUGGCCCUUUCCUAUAGGCCCUACAGACCUUUUUGCCUUAUGAUAUCUAAAAUGUUUGUGAUUUUCCAAUACAUCCCCACAGAAUUUUUGUGACCAUGAUGGAAAUAAACCCCAAUAUGGAGCUAUUGUGCAAACAAAUUCAUGGAUAUAAGAUGUUUAUUUGAAAAUAUGAUUUUUCUGGGUCUAUUCUUAUUUUUAUCAAGAGUAUAUAUAACAAGUGUACACAUGUACUUUUGUAAUAUCCAGUCUUAACUAAAAAAACAAAAGGGUGUGUGUUGUAACCUUACAGGAGGGCAAGGGAGUGAAUGAUCAGAAAUUGGUUGACUUUCUUUUCAUGUUAAUUUGUAUCCAAAUCUCUCCAAUUUGCGCUACUGUGAAGAAUGGAUUUGAAUUAAGAAGCAAAUGUUUAUCAUGCCUGUGAGUGUGCAUAUGUGUGUUUUAGCAGGACAAACAAUGAAAAGAACAUAUAAAAGCUAUAUUGACCUGAUUGCUAAAUUUGUACAAGAGGGAAGUUUGGGACCUCUGUGGGCAUGGUAGAUAAAGAAUUAUGAUGGAUAAGUGAGGAGUCUGGUUCAGUGGCUUGCUAAAGGCCAUGUAUCUAAAAGGUCUUCUCCUGAGAUGGAAAAUAUUGGUGGCACAAGAUCAAAAUGACUAACCCUAGCACACAAGGACUGAACUGGCUCCAUGAAGUGAACUGUUGAACAAAUUGGCUUAGAUGAAUUGUCCUGCUCCUAUAAGUAAAAUUGGCAAAUUGACUGGGCCUUGGUAUUGGAAAACAGCUUCUGUUGAAUCCACUGAAUGGACAGAAGGCCUAUGCUCAGACAUUACUGUAACCAAAAUGAGUAAAAAAAAAACAACAUUAAGUAUAUUAUAGUUAAUAGAGUAUCCAGCUUAUUCUCAUUCCCAUCUCCCACCCCCAUUGUGGGUUUUAAAGGUAACUUGGUGUAGUUAGUUGCUUAGAAAACUACCUUUUGAAUUCUAGCUUUUUCAAAAAUCUCUCACAUAGCUUGAUUUGUGUGAGAUGGCAGAUAGAAAGGCUCCAGAGUACAGCAGAAAAAAAAAAUCCUCCAUCUUCUUUGGACUUUUGAUAUGUCAAACUGUUAGAACUUUCUUCAAGUUCCUAAGGUGAUCCACUAUGUUUGCAGUUUGCCCAGUUUGGGUCACAUUCCUCUUCGGAUGCUUUUAGCUUCACAAACUCCAGCUUAUAUGCCUGACACAGAUUCUUUUCUGGCCUGGAAAUGGCUCUGUUGGUCCCUUUGCCAUGAAAGUGGGUGAAAAUUCCCCUCUCACUCCUGUUCCCUUCCUCUUAUCUCAGGCGGGUCAGAAACCUAUGCUUGUAUAGACUCUGUGUUUAAAAGUGCUCUUACUCCUGCCCUUUCUUCAGGCUUGACCUAUGAAUACAAUGAUUCAAAGAUUGUCUGCUCAGGUAUGUUAAAUACCAGGUCUGCCAGGCCUUCAGCCUUUUAAACAACCUUUUCCAUAACCCAGGUGACUCUUAACUUCUUUCUACCACUUCCGAUAAUAAACCCUUAGAGAAGAAAAAAAAAAUUGGUGUAACUUGCUUACUCAUUCUAGAACAGAAUUUGACAAAGUUCCUAAUGUCAUGUCCUGUGAACUUUCUUCCUUUUAAGAUCCUAGAAUAAAUUCUAAAUAAAUAUUGGACAUCUCUAUAGAUCUAGGCGACCCAGGAAAGUAUGGUUAAGCUGCCUUAAUCCCAGAUUCUCUUAAGUUUGUGACAAGGGAUUUCUUUGUAAAUGUUAUCUUUUAUGUGAGCAAUGAAUUAUGGGGAAGGUAUAGCAAGAUGUCAUCCUACUCCCUUAUUUCUUCCACUGAAAUGAUACACAAAUUACCCUACUCCAUUUUUAAUUUCAAAAAGUAUUGACUAUCACUAAUCCCAUUAACAAUCAUUUCUAGUUUCCCUUUGCUUACAGGGGUCUUGUUCCCCAACAAAAUACUGAUUCACCAGGAUACCACCUCAUGGAAGCACAGAAGAAUGCUUCACAUCUUUGUUGGCCAUAAAUGUGUUCUCCUAAUUUUGUUAUAUUGAGUGAUUAGAUUUUGAUAUAUUGAUCUCUGCCCCCAUCAAACCUUAGUGAUAAGACUGACUUACCAAAUGUAUUGCCAUAAAACAUCCACAAAACUGGGAUCAACCUGCAGGGAACAACAAACUCUUUAAUUGGAUAUUUGGGGCAUUGACUGAACCAAGGAGAGUGAUAGAAGACUAGGUUCCUUCUAACUAGCCAGAGAGUUGUAGUUUGCUUCCCAGGAAGCUGGCUGCUACCAGAUAUGGUUUCAAGUGUGUGCAGAUAGCCUUUCUUGCGUGUGUCUACUCUCGCUAAUGUAGUAUAUACAUUAAGCCACAUGCUUUAAAAUCCCUUGACUACUUAGCAAAGGCUCUCCCUAAAAAAGAUGAAAAGUGAUUGGACAAAAAAGGGGUCAUAAUCUCUCCCUCCUAUUGGUCCUGAUUCUUAUGUGUCCCAUCUCCCUUUCUUGGUUCAUUUCUUAAAUAGUUGCUCCUAGCAGCCAUGUAGGUGCUGGUGCUGUAUCUUUUGAUUGUAGGAAGUAGAGUAAUCAAAGCUUGCAGGUGUAUAUUUUAAACUGUCAACACUAUUUUUUUUUCUUCAAAUGUGCUGCCAAUCCCUGACCCAACUACUUAUUCCAUCCCAGGAUGAGAAGAUACUGUUGUGAUCUCUGUGUUCCUAUCAUCUUGAUGUGUAGUUUCCAAGGUAGGCCCUGCUUUCCAAACUGUAACUACACACAUAAAUUCAAAGUAGCUCAGCCAGGAAAAGGAGUCUCAUUUAAUUUCUACAAGUCUCAGUGAGAGUCUUCUGAUAUCUGCAUUUGGGCGUAGGGGUAGAUGGAAAGGGACAGAGAAAUUGAAAACACUCCUCACUAGAGUCCCAAAUUCUGCUGCCCAGGCAGCUCUAAAAGUAAGUAUGCUUUAUUUAAAAAAAAAUUUUUUUGUUCAAUAGCAUUAUCUCAGAUAAACGAAUAUUUAACAUAAAUUUUUCCCUGUGAAUUUAGUUUGAAAUAUUACUACCACAUCUAUAGAGACCAAGGAAGAAGAACCUAGCCUCAUCAAGAAGCACUUAACUUCUUUUAGGAAAUAAUUGCUCAACUUUUACAGUGAUCUGACAUUUAGGUGCAACAUUUGUAGAUAUAUGUAACCUGUUGUUAAAAUCGCAUUUACAGUGGCAUGGGUCAUGUAGUUUAUAAAGAACAUUUGAUAGUCGGCAAUUUUUUUAGUUCCUUAGGAAAUUUCUAGUAAUUUAAAUGUAUAGUUUUGUAUCCUUUUAUGUAUGUUAAUCUUUUCUCAGUAUUACCACUGGAGAGUUCUUAGUUUCUUAAACUGUAAUUGGUUAUUUGUGCUGUGAUACACAAGUUUGUUGACUGCAGCAAUAAAAGAUUUCUAUGAAAAGGA